CGAUCAGAGAGGAGGAGGAGGAGGAGGAGAGAGAGAGUAAGCAGAGGGUAAUCAGUCGGUCCAGCACUCAGAGGCAGCAUCAUGGCACCUAUCGGAUUAAAGGCGGUGGUCGGCGAAAAGAUUAUGAACGAUGUUAUCAAGAAGGUGAAGAAGAAGGGAGAAUGGAAGGCUCUGAUUGUGGACCAGCUGAGCAUGAGGAUGUUGUCAUCCUGCUGCAAGAUGACAGACAUCAUGACAGAGGGCAUCACCAUUGUGGAGGACAUCAUGAAACGACGAGAGCCACUGCCGAGCCUGGAGGCCAUUUACCUGAUUACACCCACAGAGAAGUCUGUCCACACCGUCAUUGCAGACUUCAAAGACCCUCAUUCAUCUAAAUACAAGGCAGCCCAUGUUUUCUUCACUGACUCAUGCCCCGAUCCUCUCUUUAAUGAGCUGGUGAAGAGCCGGGCUUCCAAAGUCGUCAAGACUCUGACGGAGAUCAACAUCGCCUUCUUGCCCUACGAGUCUCAGGUGUAUUCUCUGGACAAUCCAGAUGCCUUUCACAGUUUCUACAGCCCUCAUAAGACCCAGCUGAAGAACCCAGUGAUGGAGAGGCUGGCCGAGCAGCUGGCGACGCUCUGUGCCACCCUGAAAGAGUAUCCUGCUGUCAGAUACCGAGGGGAGUACAAGGACAACGCCACCCUGGCCCAGCUGGUUCAGGACAAACUUGAUGCAUACAAGGCUGAUGACCCCACCAUGGGAGAGGGUCCGGAUAAGGCUCGCUCACAGCUGAUCAUUCUGGAUCGGGGAUUUGACCCCGUCUCACCUGUCCUGCACGAGCUCACCUUUCAGGCUAUGGGCUACGACCUGCUGCCCAUUGAAAAUGACGUCUACAAAUAUGAGACCAGCGGCAUCGGAGACUCACGUGAGAAAGAGGUCCUUCUGCAUGAAGACGAUGACCUGUGGGUGAGCCUGAGACACAAACACAUAGCCGAGGUGUCCCAGGAAGUGACACGCCAGCUGAAAGACUUUUCUUCCAGCAAGAGGAUGAACACCGGAGAGAAGACCACGAUGAGGGAUCUCUCCCAGAUGCUGAAGAAGAUGCCUCAGUACCAGAAGGAGCUCAGCAAGUACUCCACUCACCUGCAGCUGGCUGAGGAUUGCAUGAAACAUUACCAGGGAACAGUGGACAAACUUUGCCGUGUGGAACAGGAUCUGGCUAUGGGCACAGAUGCUGAGGGAGAGAAGAUCAAAGAUCCCAUGAGGGCCAUUGUGCCCAUACUGCUGGAUGCCAAUGUCAGCACAUAUGACAAGAUCCGCAUCAUCCUGCUUUACAUUUUCCUUAAGAACGGCAUUACGGAGGAGAACCUCAACAAGCUGAUCCAGCAUGCUCAGAUUCCCCCCGAGGACAGUGAGAUCAUCACCAACAUGGGUCACCUGGGCGUCCCCAUCAUCACAGAUUCCACCCUCCGCAGAGGGAAAAAGGUCGACAGGAAGGAGCGUGUGAGCGAGCAGACCUAUCAGCUGUCCCGCUGGACACCACUGAUCAAGGACAUCAUGGAGGAUGCUAUUGACGAUAAACUGGACACCAAGCACUAUCCUUACAUCUCUACCCGCUCCUCUGCCUCCUUCAGCACCACUGCAGUCAGUGCUCGGUACGGCCACUGGCACAAGAACAAGACACCCGGAGAGUACCGCACUGGGCCACGUGUCAUGGUAUUCAUUAUCGGCGGCGUGUCUUUCAGCGAAAUGCGCUGCGCCUAUGAGGUCACACAGGCCAAUGGGAAGUGGGAAGCCAUCAUUGGUGCCACCCACAUGCUCACCCCCACCAAAUUCUUAAAGGACCUGCAGCAUCCCGACUUCCGAGAGUCCACUAGGGUGUCCUUUGAGGACCCUGAGCCCUCAGCCGAGUGAGGCAGAGACAGAUUGGGAGGGAGGGAGAGAGAAAUCACACAGAAAAAAGAUCGACCCACAUCUUCACUCCCACCAGCCUGCUGGAGCAGCUCAAGGCCAUGAACAAACCAGACGAGGAAGUGACGAGCUAAAAAUC